AUGUCCGUAAACCCACGCAGCAGCCGAUUCAUCGGUCUUUUAGUAGCCUACAUUCUCAUAACUCUCCUAGUAGUCUAUAUGGUAGUUUGCGCGGUCUGUUUCCAACCGCAAAAAUGUCUUAGUCUCGUUGGUAGAGGAACAAAUGGUGAGGAGGGCGAUUCUAACCACCUCCCGCCGCCUCAAACUUCCAUCACAACACCUCCAGAGUCCUCACGUUCCACGCGAACCCGGAGAUUUCAGUGGAAUUGGUUUCGAUCUCGAAAUUCCAUAAAUCAGAAUACCGAUGUGCCACUUGUCCUCCCUAGAUCUAAUCCACACUUUUCCAGAUCGGUCAAUGGUGAACGCUUUCUCCAUUAUCCACUCAACUUCUACCCAGAGUCGGCUGAUACUAGUAUGGAGGAUGGAUCUAACUGGGCUCCACACCAAACAUCACAUCAUCAACAUCACCAUGAAUUACAUCACCAUCGACGAUCCGUAGUAGUAAACUCGCACUGGGAUCCUCGACUAACUGAGUCUCGUUUGCGCCGUUCGAAGAUGACUUGCGUUUCUCCUACAGACGCUGAGAUCGACCAUGUGCUUUUGGAGCAUAUGGCGAAUCUUUCUGCUUAUAUAGACAUUUAUCAUCAUCUCGAAAAUUCUCUUAAGCGUGGCCGCAUUUUACUUGCUAAAACGAGAUGUAGCUCAAUUGGUGUUUCUGCUAAUAUUUCCCACAUAUCCUACAACCUGGCGGAGAUGUCAACCCAAGGUGCCACCGCACGCGUGCAUAUAGACGAUUCAGCUAACUUCGAGUUAGUUGACGAUCUAGCCAGUUUUGAAAGCCGUGCCUCCAGUUCUGAAGCAUCCAAGUCGUCGGAUCACAAAGUCUCUGAUCCAAUUCACUGGUUUUGUGGAGUCCUUGUUCCUUCUGAAUUGAAGCAAUCUCAGUUGGAUUUCCGCAGAAGUCUGCGGUUUGUCAUUGAACUCGCUAAUCGUCGCGUUAACCUCCUUAACUCCACUCAUAAGCUAUCCAAUUUACUCAAAAUUCGAAGAGAGACUGAAAAUGAAACUCCUUUAAUUCUUCUUAACGAUGCUCUUUCCCCGUCUUCAUCGAAGAUCCAAAACUGA